CAAAGAGAUGAUGAUAUAAAGAGUUUAUUGAUUGAAUGUAUUUCAAAUAUUAUUUUAUUGGAAAAAUAUCCUCAAUGUUCUAUUAAAAUAAAAUGUUUGAUAAUUCAAGAUGAUGGAGGAUGUUUAAGUGCAACAUUAACCUGUAUAUCUCUUGCCUUAAUAAAGGCUCAAAUACAAAUGAAGGAUAUUAUUAUAUCGAUAAAUAUAAAUUCGAUAAUAUGUCCAGUUACAAAAAAAAUGUAUCAUCUUGUAGAUCUUGAUGGGAUGGAAGAAAAAUAUUACCAAAGUAAAUAUGAAAUGAAUUCUAUAACAUUGGGUAUAUGUUUAAAUUUAAAGACUGUUUGUUUUUAUCAUGGGACAGGCAGUUUUUUUAACAGUAAAACCUUGGCUGAAAUAACAAGUUAUGGUGAAUGUGCAUGCAAAUCACUAGGUAGUGAAAUAAAAAAAGUUCUGAAACAAUAUACGAAGAAAAGAAUAGAUUCUAUAUAUCAAAAAGUUAAUGUAUUAGAAUAA